UACAUGGUAGUAUCGGCAAUUCAGCGCUUAAAAAAACACUAUUAAACCCGCCCUCCUAACGGAAGGUUCCCCGACGCCUGAACCCUACCUCAUUAACAUGGAGACGGCGACCGCGACAGCGACGAUGACGACGCCGGGAAACUUUUCUUCCUGGAUUCCCAGAUCCAACGUUUACCCGAACUCCGUGAAAUUCGGCGCUCCUCUUCUCGUGCGUACCAUCUCUCUUAAACUCUCAGCCGCUACCCACCGCACCAAUCGGCGGAAUAGCUUCUGGGUGUUCUCUGAGGCGCACGGUACUGCAGUUGCAGCGAAAGAAACCGAGGAAUACGAGGAAAAUAACCGAGACGAUGACGUUAAUCGGAGAAAACUUUACGUGGCGAAUUUACCGUGGGACUAUUCGGCCACUGAUCUCCAGAAUCUAUUUGGCCAGUUCGGCCACGUCCAUGAUGUGGAGAUAAUUAAGCAGAAGAAUGGGAAGAGCAGAGGAUUUGCUUUCGUUGCCAUGUCUUCCCCGGAGGAGGCUCAAGUUGCAAUCGAUAAAUUGGAUUCUUUUGAAUUGUUAGGAAGGAUCAUUAGAGUUGAACUUGCAAAGAGCUUUACGAAACCCUACUCUACUCUAGCACCUACAAACUCUACUAAUGGAGAAACAAGAAACUGGAUCUAUGUAUCAAAUCUUGCUUGGAAAGUAAGGUCUGUCAAUCUUAGGGAGUUUUUUGCUGACAAGUUCAAACCAGUAUCUGCUAGAGUGGUUUUUGAUGGCUCAUCUGGGAGAUCUGCUGGAUAUGGAUUCGUUUCUUUUGCCACAAAUGAAGAAGUAGUGGCUGCUAUUUCUGAAUUGGAUGGGAAGGAGCUUAUGGGAAGGCCUCUUAGGCUGAAAAUCAGUCAAAAGGAUAGUAUCGAUGAACCUGAAAUCACUGCAGAAGACUAAAUGAAAUGGCAAUUUGUUGUAUUUUGAAAGCUAGAUGGCAAUAUUGCCCCAUACUGGUUAAAGUUGGAGUUCUAUGGUUUUCGCUUGCAGUAAACAAAGCAAGAGCUAGUAGAAAGCUGAAAUGGAGAAACAUUUUCUACUUGGUAUCAGUUAUUAGUUAUGCUUUCUGCACCACAUUUCUACUGGUAUUAAUAUCGAAGCCCACCUUUUCCAUAUCUUCUUGUAACUUACGUGAGUGGAUCCUGAACUUAUUCUUAUGAAUUUGAUUUGUUCAUUGAGAUAAUUAGUUUGCUUAUGUUUCAAAAGCUAAGCAGAAAAGGUAGCUGCAAUUCUAUUCAUUUCUUUUCUGCAAUCUAUAUCCAUUAUUGAGCAUUUACACAUUCAAACUAUAUUGGGAAAAAAAAAAAAACUUGC